AUGCAACACCACGAAUGCCAGUCUAACCUGAACGUCGCUUUGUGCACGCCAGUACGGCGUGGCGGCGACAUCGUGCGCGGCGGCGAACGGCCACCACCAGCCCGACCGCCGCCAUCACCACCACCACCACCAGCACCACCACCAUCAGCACGCCGACGUGCCGCCGCAAUGGUUUCUAAUUCCGUGUGUGCACGGAAGACGAUAACGCUGUACACGAGGUCGUGUCAACGGCCUGGCAAGGACAACGGGUUCGAACUGGCUAUCGCUGGAGCAUACGCGACGUGCUCUAUCAGCUAUUGGCGCCUUGCGACACUUACGCCUUCAGCCUUCCUUAACUUCUCCCACUCAGCUGCCAAAAGUGGAUUUGAGGACCUGCGAGCGGCGGUCGCGGCUUUCGAUCCUGAAAGUGCAACAAGUUUUGGUCUGCAGGAU